CCUUAGAUUUUACAAUUUCGCCCCUUAGAAUUUCUUCCAGCGACUAACGAGUUUUUACUCCUCUUCGAGCUCGGACUCCAUGAACAGAUCUUAACAAAACCUUCAAAUUUCAUGAACCUGAGAUGCAUAGAAUUUUCCCCAUCGAAUCGGAUACAGCGAAAGACAUUUUUGAAAUUUCAAUGUUCUUGCGAUAGAUUGAUUAGAGUAAAAUGGACGUGGAGAAAUCAUCGCUGUGUAAUUGCGUGGUAAACUUCUUAUUGGAGGAGAAUUACUUGUUAUCAGCGUUUGAGCUGCUUCACGAGCUCCUCGAUGAUGGACGCGAUGAUCAAGCUAUUCGCCUCAAGGAAUUCUUUGCUGAUCCCAUUCAGUUUCCACCAGAUCAGAUCUCACGGUUUAAUUCUCUUCGAGUUGCCGACCCACAGAGUCUGCUGGAGGAAAAAGAAGCACUAGAGGAGAAACUAGCAAUCAGAGACUAUGAGAACCGUUUGGCUCAAGAAGACAUUUUGAAGCUCAAGACUGAGUUGCAAAAGAAAUCUGAGGCCAAACAAGAUGAACCAAGUGAUGCUAAAGCAAAAAACGGGUCAAGUAUUCAACAAAGUGGGGAGACAAAAUUCUCAGAUUUGGGUCCUUUAAAGGCAGAAGAACGUCAUGACCUAAACUGUGCUGUAAAGGAAUAUUUGCUCUUAGCAGGAUACCGUUUAACUGCCAUGACCUUUUAUGAAGAGGUUACUGACCAGAAUCUAGAUGAUUGGGAGAAUUCAUCUGCAUCUGUGCCAGAUGCCUUGCGCCAUUACUAUUAUCAGUACCUUUCUUCCACUACAGAAGCAGCUGAGGAGAAGCUUUCCAUGCAAAAAGAGAAUGAAUCAUUGGUGAAAGAAAACGAGAAGCUGAAACAUGAAAAACAGACCUUAUUGAGAAGCAGAGAUUUAGUUGAUUCACAGAUAGCAACUCUAAAAAAGUCACUAGAGACUUUGCAGAAGGAUAUCAAGGAGAAAGAUAAUCAGGUUCAAGAUGUAAAGCACUCACUGGAACAAAGAAGAAAAGAAAUAACUGUCUACAAGGCUGAAAUAACUUCACUUCAAAAGCAAACUGAAGCAGCUGCAGCUCAAUCAGAACAUGUGCCACCUGGCGAUGUAGAAGAUGAAGAAAGCUACAAGGAACAAAUACAAUCUUUACAACAGGAGAUUGAAAGACUACAUGCUACAAAAUCUGAUGACACCACACCUGUAAAUAAUGUUGAAGAAAUAACCAAUAGGAAAGAUGAAGUUAUAAAAUUAUGUGAAAAUGACAUGAUAUUAUCACCAUCAAUUAAUGUGAGAGAUCAAAACACUGAUGAUAAACAUGAGGAAUUUUCUAAAUCAGAUGAUAAUGAUGUGGCUAAGGAUCUCCUUAAAGACAAUGUGCAAGUCAAAACUGAUAAUGGGUUGACUCCAGAGUCAAGUACUCCUUCUGUUCAACAUGAUUCUAAAAAGGGUCCUGGAACUAUUCAGAUUCUUUCAGAUGCAUUGCCUAAAAUCGUUCCUUAUGUGCUAAUCAAUCAUCGAGAGGAGCUUCUUCCCCUGAUGAUGUGUGCAAUUGAGAGACACCCGGAUAGCAACACAAGGGAUUCCUUGACACACACAUUGUUUAACUUGAUUAAACGCCCAGAUGAACAACAAAGACGAAUUAUUAUGGAUGCCUGUGUCACACUUGCUAGGAAUGUUGGAGAGAUGCGAACAGAAACAGAGUUGCUUCCCCAAUGUUGGGAGCAAAUUAGUCACAUGUAUGAGGAACGCAGGCUGCUUGUAGCUCAAUCAUGUGGGGAGCUUGCAGGAUUUGUGAGGCCAGAGAUUCGAGACUCCCUCAUCCUAUCUAUUGUGCAACAGCUCAUAGAGGAUUCCGCCACUGUAGUUCGUGAGGCUGCUACAAGAAAUCUAGCUCUGCUGCUUCCACUCUUCCCAAAUAUGGAUAAAUAUAUCAAGGUGGAGGAAAUGAUGUUCCAUUUGGUUUGUGAUCCAUCGGGAGCUGUUGUGGAUACAACUAUUAAAGAGCUAGUUCCUGCUGUGCUCAAGUGGGGUAACAAAUUGGAUCAUAUUCUACGAGUUUUGAUUUCUCACAUGUUGAGCUCUGUAGAGUGUUGUCCACCUGUUUCAGGGGUUGAAGAUUCUGUAGAGUCACACUUCCAUGUUUUAGGUGAAAGAGAACGAUGGACUGUUGAUGUGUUGCUUCGGUUACUGAUGCAAUUGCUUCCAGUUGUACACCAAAUAGCUAUCGACACUUGUUCAUAUGAGUCUUUUUCAGAAUCUACAGGAACAUUUUUUUCACUUCAAUUGCUUCAAAAGUAUGCAGAGGGACGUUUAGAUUGGCCUACAUUUGAGUGGCUUCAUGAUGAUUGCUUUCCCAGUCUGAUUCAGAUUCUCUCUCUCUUACCACAAAAGGAAGAUAGUUUGAGAAAACGCAUCUCAAGUUUUUUACUAGCAGUUUCUAAAAGAUUCGGGGAGGAUUAUUUAACACAUAUAAUCCUUCCUCUAUUCUUAGUGGCUGUUGGCGAUAAUGCUGACUUGUCAUGCUUCCGCUCAACAUCCCAACCAAAAAUUAAAGCUCUAAGACCAAUAAUUGCUAUGGAUGCAAGAAUUGCCACCUUGUGUGUCCUACCAGUUCUAUUAGCAGGUGUCCUCGGAUUCCCUAACAAGCAUGAACUAUUAACUGAAUACUUAAGGAAUCUCUUGAUCCAAAGUGCUGACAAGACGACCCGGUCAGCAAUCCACAGUGCUGACGUGUACAACUCUGUCCGUUUCCUUUGCUUGUUUGAAGAACACCAUAAUCUGGUUUUCAAUAUCUUAUGGGAGAUGGUUGUGAGCUCCAACAUGGAUUUGAAAAUUAACGCUGCUAAGCUUCUGAAAGUGAUUGUGCCUUAUAUUGAUGCUAAAGUUGCUUCAUCACAUGUUUUGCCUGCUCUUGUGACUUUGGGCUCUGAACCAAACUUACAUGUGUUGUAUGCAAGCAUUGAUGCCUUUGGAACUGUAGCUCAAAACUUCAAAAAUGAUGUUAUUGUUGACAAAAUACGUGUUCAAAUGGAUGCUUUUCUUGAAGAUGGAUCUCAUGAAGCUACAAUUGCUGUUAUUCGUGCAUUAGUGAUAUUUCAUCUUUCUUCAGCUCAACUACCUGUAACCAACAUGGUGCGACGCCGCGAUAGAGCCAAUGCAUUUUGUGAAGCUAUCCGUGCUCUCGAUGCUACAGAUCUUUCAUCAGCGAGUGUACGCGAUCUCCUCCUGCCAACAAUACAAAACCUAUUGAAAGACACGGAAGCGCUCGACCCAGCGCAUAAAGAGGCGUUAGAAGUGAUAGUAAAGGAAAGAUCGAGUGGAACUUUUGACACGUUCAGCAAAGUCAUGGGGACUCAAUUUGGACUCCCGACCUCCAUGACAAGUUUCUUCAGUGAAGGUGGACUUUUAGGAAAGAAGGAUUCAGGAGAAAUCCCACCACCACCACCACCCGACCCGAAAAAUGUCAUUAACCCACAAUCACCCGUUGAAGACACAAGAUUCAGGAGAAUCAUGCGAGGUGGUUUUACUGAUAUGCUUCGGGGGAAAGGUAAAAAUAGCGACGAACUUUCACCCCCACAUUAA